AUGUAUAAAUUACUUCUAGUGAUUAUUUAAUUGUUACACUUGUGUUUAACAGAUGAAUUACUGUCAGUUCAUAUAAUGUGGAGACAUGGAGCUAGAAAUCCAUAUUUUUGUAAUUUCGGUUGCGAUGAUAAAAUGAAAUAAUCUUUAUCUGAAUUAACACCUGUAGGAAUGAGAUAACAUUAUGUAUUAGGAUAAUGGUUAAGAAAAUAAUAUAUUGAUACAGGAUUUCUAGAUCCUAUAUUCAAUGAAAAUUAAAUAUAUAUAGAGAGUAGUAAUACAAAUAGGUACAUUUUAGAAUAUAAUUUUAAGAACAAUUAUGAGUGCUUAUAGUAAUUUAUAAGGAAUGUAUCCAUUAGGUCCUAUAGUUCCAGAAAUCUCAACAGAUUUGUUAUUACCUCCUAUGAUAAAUGUAAAAACACCAGAUGGAAUACAAAAUUAUGCAUUACCUAAUAGGAUUUAAGUAAUUCCUAUUCAUAGUAUUCAAGAAGAUUUAGAUUAUAUUAUGUAUAUGUAUUGUCCUAAAUUAUGGGAUAAUGGUGCUUAUAAUUAACAUACUGAUGUUUAUUAUGAUAUUAACAAUCGUUCUUAAGAGUUAAUAAAAAAAUUUAAUAAAGAACUUAAACAAAAUUUAACAAAUAUUGUAGAAUUAUAUGAAUGGAGAGAUACUUUUAUAAGUAAUCUUUAUAAUGGAAGAAACAAUUCGGAUUAAUUAACAAAAGAAAUGAUGGCAGAAUUAGAUAAAAUUGCAGGACUUGGAUUUCUAUUAUAUUAUACUUAAGAUUAUUAUUAAGCUUCUCUUUUAACAAGUGAGUUUUUUAAGACUGUUCUUGAUGGUUUUGAUGGUAUAUUGAACGGAACCUCUAAAAUUAAAUAUCAUGCAUAUUCUGCACAUGACUCUAGUAUUUAUGCUUCAUUAUAUGCAUUAAAUCUAACAAAUGUUGAAUGUUACAAUCAAAGUUAUUUUGGUUAAAUAUAAUCUAAUACUACUUGCAUUACUACAUAUCCUGAUUACACUGCUAAUCUUAUUUAUGAAUUAUAUAAUAGUUCUACACUUGGUCCUUAUAUUAAAAUUAUGUAUAAUGGAACAUAUGUGAAUGUUUGUUAAGAUUAAGCAUUAACUUGUUAAUACUUUAGAUUUAAAAGUAUUCUCAAAGGAAUUUAAAAAGAUUAUAAAAAAGAAUGUAAAAUUGAUGAACCUUCAUAACCGAUUGACUUUUAAACUCCAUGGUGGGCUAUUAUAUUCUUUGUUCUUGUUUUAGGUUCUUGCAUCUGCUCUAUUUCUAUGGUUGUAAUUAUACAUUAAAAAAAAUAAAGAUUUGCCAGAACGAAUGAUUUAUAUCAAAUAUGAUUAACG